AUGUUGACCGAACUCCCCACGUCCGUAAUCUCCAAAGUAAUUUCAUUGCUACCUCAACAGGAUGUGGUGAAUUUAUCUCAAACGAGCUUUAAAUUUUACGAGCCUUGUACUCACAAGUUGUACAAGAAGAUUCUGAUUCAGCGCAACCCACUUCUCAAGGAGAAAAAUGUAAGAGGUAGGCUGUUUAAGCUGUCAAAAUUCACAGUGAUUGCAGGUCAUAGCAGAUUGGAAUUGCCUGAACUGGUGCAAUUGAAGUUAAUCAACGAUAGACUACAGGUGCUCAUUCAGUCGUUGAGCAUCAAUGCAAAAUUAAUUGACCACAUCGAAGAAUUGGUGAUCAUUGGCAACUUUCACGAUGAUAAGAUUAAUACCGCUUUAGCAGAAUUUUGGAAAAUUGUUCGAAAGAGCGAGACUAUCAAAAGGGUCCAAGCUGACGACCAAGAUGCGAGGAAAAUGUUCUUCAAUGGAGAUGUGAUGCCAGCAAGUCUAACCAACUAUUACGUAGAUGGCCGUGCUUCUGUAUUCGAGAAGGGAAUGCAUAUAAAAGAAUUGUCCAUAUCAUAUACAGAAGAUGAGAUUCCUCGAUCUAUAUUAAAAAAUAUCGAACACUUGCAUAUAAAAGAGAAUGGAAACUAUUCUUUAAAAAGAGCAGAGCUACAGGAAUGCAAUAGCGGGCUCAAGAACAUACCUGGAAAGAGUAAAUUAGUGGGAACAGAAAUUGAGGGCUUUUCAGGUAGUGCCCUUUCAUUCAGCCAAAAGAUACCGCAGCUGAGCCUUUCCAAGUUGAGACUGUUAACACUUCAAAUAUACCACAGUCCUCAGCAGCAAGCCAAGACUAAUUUUUUACCACUUGUGAAAAAUUUCCCGUGGCGUGACUUACAAGCUAUCGAUUUGAAGAUAGGCUGUGAUAACAUUGCAUGCAGCCAAAGCUGUGUUGCGCAGUUUUUGGAUUGUGUUUCAUUGGAAUUGAUAUGCUCAAAUGAGGCUAAGUUGAGACUGCUAACACUACUGCAGUGCAAAGUUGCGCAUGAAUCGUAUAACCAAACUCAUGAGUUUGAUGUAGAGUGGGACUUGGCCAUUUUUGGAUUUUUAACUACCUUGAUGUACACCAAGAAGUACAAGUUAUCGUUCCUCUCUAUAUCCAAUGAAGCUGCAAUUGGCGCUGUAUACUCUGAUGGAGUAGAGGGUAACUACCUCAAAAGAAUACAUCUAUAUACAAGAACAUUACUGAACUUAUUGUCAUUCAAUUUGCAGCCAAUACAAUUGGAAUUGCCUACAUUUUUCACCACGCUAGCUAACUACGAACAGCCUAUGAACAAUUUGCUUUGGAAUGGAUGUAAAUGUGUACACUGCGAACGCACUCUUGAAGUCUUAGACGAGUUGCUAAUGACACACAAAUAUAUUGCGUCAGUUUGGAAAGAUUUGACUAGUUGCCAGUUAAUGGCUGCAAUAGGAGAUCGCUUACAUGAAAGAACCACCACGAACACGGCUGGAUUAACUGCGGUUGACUGGGAUUUGCAUAGCAACAGAUUUGGAUUGCCUUUCCUCUGCUUGAAUCAUAAGACAUUUGAAGAGGGGGAGUUUGAGCGUGGAAGCAAUGACGAUGAAGAAGAAGAAGAAUCCGAAUAUGAGGCUUUUUUUGAUACCGAGGAGCUGCAGCUAGAAUGUCCUUUAAAAAAUAGGGUAAGAUUCAGCGACGUUAGUGUUUCAAUCUCGCAUUACGUUGCAGAUAUACUUUUACGAAUGUUAAAUUUGAACAGAGGUGACGCUGAGGGGAUAGAUUUGGGAGGAGAAUUUGAAAAUGACGGAGGGUCUGGGGAGCAGACAUACUCAGAAAUAAUCGUCAAUGGCAUUCAAUUUGCUAUUGGAAAGGAGCGCAAUGGAACUAACUGGUUGAGCUGUGUGCUGGAUUAA